AGAGCCUUGCCUCUGUGUAUAUAUACAUUACUAUAAAUAAUAUAUUUUAUUAUAAAUAGUCGACUUCCUCCUUUCAUUUUCGUAUAAAACUUAUAUCGCAUAGGUUAACACAACUAAAGAAUACCCGUGAUAUGUUGAAAUGCAAAUUGAUAAGCUACAGCAACUUAAAAUGUGUAUCUUCAAGUGUAACACGACACAAAAUAUUAUUUGGAUAUUUAGAGAACAAUCAAAUUACUUCCCCUAAAAGAAAACAUUUGAAAUACUCGACUUCCAACAAUGGACCAUGGAAGGUUUUAUUUUUUGGUAAUGAUGCAUUUUCAUUAGAAAAUAUCAAUGCAUUGAAUAUUGCCUAUAGAGAAAGAGGGUUACUUCAAUGUUUGGAAGUUGUUAGCUCAAACAAAGAAACUCCUGUAGCAAAAUAUGCUAAAAAAUACAAUAUUAAGUUACAUUCAUGGCCAUCGGAUAUAAAAGAAAAAGUUUUUGAUAUUGGUGUUGUUGCUUCAUUUGGUUAUUUAAUUCCAUCAAGAAUCAUCAAAUUAUUUCCAUUAGGCAUAAUCAAUGUACAUGGAAGCAUAUUACCCAAAUGGCGAGGUGCUGCUCCAGUAACAUAUGCUUUAAUAAAUGGAGACACAGAAACUGGGAUUUCUAUUUUAAAAAUAUUACCAAAGAAAUUCGAUGUUGGCGCAAUAAUUAUUCAAGAGAAAAUUGAAAUUCAUCCAGAGGAAACUCGUAUUGAAUUGGAGAAAAAAUUAGCUCGUAUAGGUGCAGAUCUAUUAAUUAAAACAAUUACUCAAUUACCUGAUAUAUUAACUACAGCAAAAUCUCAAACAGAAGAAGGAGUAACGUAUGGUAAAAAGAUUUUAAUUAAUUUAUGCAUUAAUAAUUAAUAAAUCAUUUAUUUUACUUAGCACCGA